CUGGUCACGACCCUUCCCUCAAGCCCAUUCCUUGGCUGUCGGCACUCUCCCGCACCCUACCUGCUUACCUACCCAGACACGUUUAAUUGUACUACGUUGCAGUUCUAGGCUCGCUAGGGCCUGACUCCUGCAUCGUUUACUAAUAAAGAGGACCGCACUCGCCAAUCGACUCGCAGGCUGGGUUGUCAUGAUUCUGAAAGAGGUGGAUUCUGAAUUGAUCGAUUGCCGUCCCUCAUCAUCCUUCGUCAUACACAAGCACCAUGCCCGCACCAAAACCCGAGCUGCGCGUGCGUCGCUAUCACAGUAGGUCGCGAAAUGGAUGUACGACCUGUAAGAUGAAGCAUAUCCGCUGUGACGAGAGGAAACCGUUAUGCACGAAUUGCCUCGUUAAAGGCGGCGAAUGCGGAUAUACGGAUACUAAAGCCAAACCAAAACCAUGCGCUCCUUGCACCGCUGGCCAAAGUGAGGAUGCACAAUGGCAUGCAGGGACGAGUAGCUUGAAGACCACGGUACCAAACCAUAUGUUCGUGGGUUACCCGGUAGAGAUGGGAGAUGAAUCGCGGUUCUUAUUCGAUAUAUUCACGCGAUAUAGGAGUGUAGUCUCGAGAGACACUCUGUUGCAACCCGAGUCGUUCAUUAUCCGCCGAGCGUUAUCGAGUCCUGCGUGCCUGCACGUUGCUUUGUUGAUGACAGCAAUAAAGUACACAUGGGACACGGGUUCCAUGGAUCGAAUCAAGAAGUCAUUUCUUCACCACAAACUGGAGGCCAUUAAGUUUGUCAACGAACAACUGCAGGACCCCGGCAUGGCUGCAACAGACUGCACUAUAGCGAGCAUAGCGGCAUUAGCCUUAGCAGAGAGCGCACUAGGAUGUCGGGACACCGCAAAAGCCCACAUGACUGGGCUCUCGCAGAUUUUAGAGAUGCGAGACGACGAAAUGGUGACUGAUGGAAACAUAUUCCAGAGUCUAGUAAUAUUAACGUCAAGGGGCACAGGGAGACUGACACUGCGUGAGCUCACGGACGCUACACAAGGUAUCGAGAACCCGGAAUCCCUUGGCAUGUGCACUUUUAGAGUCAUCCCCGAUAGGUUUCGGCGAAUGGUUGAUCAAGAGGUGGAUUUCAGUGAUAUGACGGUCAAUGAGGCGCUGGAGGAGGCAACGGAGGGGUCGGGAGUCCUGGAAAUCAAACCGACAACAUUGUCGACAAACGCCAUCAGCCGCGCGCGAUUGAUGAGCUGCUAUCUAUGCGUUUUCGCCAUGCUUGGAACGGAUGUUGUCGACCCUUUUAUGCUCAACUGGCUUGUGGAGUGGAUGCUGUCGGAUCUUACACGCGAGGAGGAGGCCAUGCGACAAGGCAAAUUUCCUAGACAGGUUUGGUUCUGGGGGAUCCUCAUGGUGACAUGCGCAGUAGCCACCGCCCGACCAAGCACGCCUCUAGAGGUCCAUCAGAUCGAAGAGUGGAGGGAGGUGUGUCACGAGAAGAUCAGGCUUGUCAGCCACGCACUGAAUUUGAAGACCUGGGAGCAGACCAAGGAUAUUUUCGUCGCAUGGGUAUGGAGAGACAACUACGACGAGGAGCAGCAGGUUAGGGAGAUGUGGGAGGAGGCAGUGUAUGGCAAAAGGAUUGCCGUCACACGGACAGCUUCACCGAGUUGCUACGAUCGACACGACUUCAUGUCGGCCAAGGAACGAGCGAAAUCGAUCGUUAGAGCACAGAUUGCUCAUAUGCGGCGGCUGAUGCUGUUAUAAUGGCGAGAUCUGAUGAGAAGAGACAGACGCUUUGUAUAUACGGUCUGGAGGAGAGUUGUGGAAGGAAAUAUUGUAUCUUUAUGGAAAGCAUGGGCGUCGGUUUGUACAUAGGCUUACUUGUUGGGCUAUUUUCUUUUUGUGUUCUUUUUUGCUUUUCUUUUUUCCAUCU